UAAUGGUACAUUUGACAAAGCUGUUAAUUUAGCUUCUAAACAAGCACAAGUCUGUAACCGUGUUAAAUAACAUCCACUUUUCUUCUAAAUCUCAUCAGCCCAGAAACAGCAGCUGGUUCCCUAGAGUAUCAUCAAGUUCUAAAGAUAAGAAUAUGAUUUCAAAUCUGGCUGCGUGCAGAAGUCUGUAAUAAUAAUUGCUUUUUCUCUCUCACUCUCCCUGUCCCUCAUUCACUCUCUCUCUCUCUCUCUCUCACUCCACCCCAUAGAGCAGGUUAAAAGGACGUGUCCAACAGUGUUAAACUUACUUUAUAUGUACAAACUGUCUUUAUUUUGAGAUGUUCCCAACUCUAAAAUCCAUAUGGAACUUGAAGAAUGGGAUAGUUCUUUUCUUCACUCCUUUGAUUCUUCUUCCACUCCCAGUGGUCAUCAACACAAGGGAGGCCAGCUGUGCCUACGUAAUCAUACUGAUGGCAGUAUACUGGUGUACUGAGGCUCUUCCUUUAGCUGUCACAUCACUGCUACCUGCUGUCCUCUUCCCCAUGCUUGGCAUCAUGCAGUCCAAAAUGGUGUGUAUGCAGUACCUGAAGGACACUAACAUGCUGUUUGUGGGCGGACUGAUGGUCGCUGUGGCAGUUGAACACUGGAACCUCCACAAACGUAUCGCCUUAAGAGUGUUGCUCAUUGUUGGGGUGCGCCCAGCACUCCUGAUGCUGGGUUUCAUGGGGGUGACAGCUUUCCUCUCCAUGUGGAUCAGUAACACAGCUACCACGGCCAUGAUGGUCCCCAUAGUGCAGGCUGUGCUGGAACAGCUGAACAAACAGGAGACAGAGCCUUCGCAGAUGACCUGCAGUGAGGAGCGGCCCCAGGCCCCUGAGGCGGAGUACAAACAGACGGCAAAAGACAGAGACAGAGAAGUGGUGCUACGCAUUUUGGAUGUCUCAGCAGAGGCCAAGCAAAAGGAGUCAGCAGAAAAGCGGCUCAUGGCUAAAGGCAUGACUCUGUGUGUGUGCUAUGCUGCCAGCGUUGGGGGAACGGCCACACUCACAGGCACUGGACCUAACCUAGUACUUAAGGGUCAGAUGAACCAAUUAUUUCCUGACAAUGGUGAUGUCAUCAACUUCGCCUCAUGGUUUGGGUUUGCGUUCCCCAACAUGAUCAUAAUGCUGACAAUAGCUUGGCUCUAUCUUCAGUUCAUUUUCAUGGGAUUCAACAUUAAGAAGACAUGGGGAUGUGGGGCGGUAAAAUCCGAGAAGGAAAUAGCCGCCUACAACGUAAUCCGGGAGCAGCAUCUUCUACUGGGACCGAUGUGUUUUGGUGAACUCAGCGUUCUGGCUCUCUUCAGUUUGCUUGUGGCGCUGUGGUUUACUCGAGAUCCUGGAUUUGUGGCAGGCUGGGCAACAAACACCUUCAACACUGAAGCAGAAUAUGUGACAGAUGCUACAGUUGCGGUCUUCAUUGCCAUGUUGCUCUUCAUUCUUCCAUCAAAACCACCACGGCUUUGCUUCUGGUCAUCAACUGGUUCUGAAACAGAGCCUCAGCUCUCUUCUGCACCCCUGCUCUCCUGGAAAGUAGCUCAAAAGAAGUUACCCUGGAACAUAGUUUUGCUUCUAGGUGGAGGAUUUGCCCUGGCCAAAGGUAGCGAGGAGUCAGGUCUAUCCAGAUGGAUGGGAAACCAGUUAACUCCCCUACACAGUAUCCCUCCCUGGGCCAUUGUUAUCAUCCUGUGCCUCUUGAUUGCUGUUUUCACUGAAUGCACCAGCAAUGUGGCCACAGCAACCCUUUUCCUCCCUGUUCUUGCUUCUAUGUCUCAAUCUGUUGGAAUCAACCCUCUGUACGUCAUGGUGCCAUGCACACUCAGCGCUUCAUUCGCGUUCAUGUUACCUGUGGCGACUCCUCCAAACGCUAUAGUCUUUUCCUACGGAUAUCUCAAGGUUUCAGACAUGGCAAAAACUGGCAUGAUGAUGAAUGUUAUAGGGAUUUUAUGCAUCACCUUAGCCAUCAACACCUGGGGCAAGGCCAUGUUCAACCUAGGUUCUUUCCCUGCAUGGGCCAACCAAACAGUAAUAUGAUGGACAGUACAAAGCCAAAUGCAAACCAGCAAGCUGCUCUUUUUCUUCCCAUUAUUCUUAUAAACUUCAUGGAUCAAAGCUGUAGCACAGAGAAACUAGAAUCUGCCAUGUCUUGCGGGAUUAUUUUGCACAUUCAUAACCUCUUUCACUUAAGGCCUGACUAACUAAACAGCAACAUAUGCUAUGUUCGAAUAUUUGGGGUCAGUAAGAUACAAUAAGAACAAAAAUAUUGAGAAAUAUUAUUAUAAAUUAAAAUAAUUUAGUUUUCUAUUUUAAAAUGAUUAUUUUUGGGGGUGAUGGGAAAGGUGAUUUUUAGCAGCCAAUACUCAGUCUUUGUCUUCUUUUUGAAUUAAUGUAUUAAAAAAAAAAAAAAAACCUCUUACUGACCCAAAACUUUUGAACAGUAGUAUACAUGAUAAUCACAUUUUGAGUAAAAGUUCAUCUAACAAAUAUAUAGUGACUCAAAAUAAGAAAGCAGAGAACGAACAAGAAGUGGAACCAAUUAUUUUAUACAUUUAUAUAUUUUCAAGCAUGUCUUUCACACAUUGUUUAGAUGACAUGUUAAUCUGUCAAUCUGACAAGCAAUCCUUUCCUUAGCUAAAUAAUAAGCCAGCAUAGUUAAUAAUAAUUAUAAUUCACCAUUUGAAUUUCUCAUAGUCAAAUGUGCCUGAAAUAUGAAAGCCUCCCCUAUAUCUCCCUUAAAUCUCAGGGCACUGAACUGGAAAAACACAUUGGGCAAUUUCCUACAUUAAAUAAAGCAAAUACCUCAUGAUAUUGACACAUCAUAGUUCAUAACAGGUGUACUGAAUAUUUUUUGAACAUUUAUAAAUUUGGGCAAUCAGACUAUUAAAAUCUCUCUAUGUUGUUGUUAUUUAACAGCGUUUACAGUAUGUAAAUAUGCAACUUCAAUACUGUGUGUACAUCUAUGGUUCUUCAACAUUUUAUAAUUCCACUAAAUCCAUCAGUCAGUGAUUACUGUACCUAUUGCAUCAAAAUGACUUGUUAAAUUAAAACACCGCACAAUUGUAAAGCAUAUGACCUUAGUGUGAAUGAGGGAUGGUCUUCCAGAGUAUAAUGCACCUAAAACUGUGUCUUCCAGUGUGAUGUGUGAGUUCAUUGAUACACUGUAUCUCAUUUUGUUUGAAUACUGCAAUGCUUACUGAAUCUUUCUUUUGGAAUUUUGGGGAAAUUAUAAGAAUAAAUAAAUCUGUUUAUUAAAAUAAAGCACUUAUAGGGCGUGACUGUAAAGGGAAUUUGUUUUUCCUCAAACUGCUGUUCUGUUAUGUUAAAGAGAUAAAUCUGAAUAAAACCAUAUCUUUCCCUACAA